UUUUUAUUUAUUUAUCUUUCGCACAUAUUUAACAAAAAUAAAUCAUUAUGUAAAUUUUUUUUUUCGUUCAAUUUUCUCUUGCAAUCAGUGUGAUUAAUCGUUGAGCAAAUGCAUGUGGAAAAUGGAAAUAUUUUGGAUGUAUUGUUUGCUGGCAAGGAUUCUGGUUUAUUUGCAAAACAAGGAAAAUUAUGGAUCAAUCAGAAUGAUUUGUUUGUGAAUAAUGAUAAUGACCAUGAUAAUCAUCAUCAACAACCAUUUGAUGACCAUAAAAAAUUCAUUCAAUACUAUUGUCGACUUCGUGGAAAUCUUUUGUUUGUGAUCGAUUUGGAUAAUUCAAAAAUCAUAUCAAAGCCAUUAAAUCUAAUCAUUUUGAGCCAAAAUUUCAACAUAAAAUUAUGCGAUUCAAAGCCAAACUGUUCAUUGUUUGAAUUUUGUUUAGUUUUGAAUGUACAUAAGGAUACUAAUAAAAAGAAAAAUUAUCAUUUUGCCUGCAAUACAAUUGAAGAUCGUGAUGAUUGGAUCAAAAACAUCUAUCUAGCAUCAUUCCAUUUUCUUCGCAGUCUACAUAAAGCCCUUGGUGAUGAUUUCUUGCAGAAACAAAAUUCAUAUCAACAUGACGCUAUCAAUGAUAGGGUCGAUUAUCAUCAUGUUGAUUUACUGAAAUAUCUUCGCAUCAUAAUUGGCUGUGAUAAUGUGCUCACCUUGUGCAACCAUUCUGGUACUAGUCCUCGAUUUUUCAUAAAACUUUUUUCACGAAAUCCAUUGAAAAAACAAGAAUGGAAAUUUUUGGGACAAACUGAAUCGAUCCAAUCAAAAAGUCCUCAAUUUGUAAAUUCGAUUUCCAUUUUUAUUGAUGUGGAUAAUUUCCUAGAAAUUGAGUUGAAAUUCGAACUUCACUACGUAAUUGAAACUCAUUUAAAAAUUGAAUUCCUUUAUGCGUAUGCUUAUGAAAAAAUUAUUGCCAAUCAAAUAGACACACCGAAAAUAUUCAAACUUAAUCUUAAAAAUCCUAAAACUAACAAAUUAGUUGGAAAAUUAAAAUUUCAAAUCAUAGACAACUCUAAUGACAAUAGUCAUCAUCAAUUUACACUAAAUCAUUCAAAAAUGUCUAAUAAACCUAUAAUCAUAAGAAAUGAGCACAAUGAAAACAUUUCAUCAAACCUAUUCAAUGCAUCAAUUACAAAACGAUUAUUUUUCAGUGCAUAUGAUCAAUCAAUUGCAUCCAAAAUCAUUCUUGAAGAAUGUAUGCAAGAUACACGUUUUGUAUUCGUGAUUCCAAUGAUUAUUCUAAAAUCGCAUGUAAAGGAUGAAGAUUUUAUACGGAAUUCAAUUCUAGAACAAACAAAAUUGCUUUCAAAAUGUGAUUUUUAUCAGAGACUUAUUGAUUUUCAUUCACAAAACAUUAAAUCAUUAGAAAACAUUGUUAAUGAAAUUGCAUCAUUUAUGGUGGACCAUACGUUUCGAUCAUCCACGAUGAAAAAAGAUUUAUUUCUUCAAUUUGUGCCAAUCAAUUUUCAUCGUCAAUUGUUUAGAGUCAAUUUUGAAGGAAAAUCGUCAAAUAUACUACGAAUCUACACUGUAGGAGCUUUUGCAUGUCAUCAUUAUGGUUUUGAAAAAUAUAAUUGGAAAUUAUCUAUGCUUAUGAAUUUAGUCGGAAAUCAAACAAUAGACGAAUUCGUUUGCGUUGAUGAGACAUGGAAAUUGUUGCAAAAAUUAAUGAAAAUAUCGCACAAUGAACGUAUAAUUUCCGAUUGUUUGAAUGAUUUGAUCAAACAUUUCAAAAAUGAUAACAAAUCGGAAAUAAAAUUCUUGUACGAACGUAUUUACAGUUACGCUGAAGAAGUGAUUGAUUUAAUUGCCAAAAAUGAUGGAGAAUCAUUUGUCAAUCAGAUGAAUGCAAUAAUGAGUAAUCAUGUUCCUAGUUAUUCUGAAGAAUGUCAAUUGGAACCAAUUGAUUUAACCUAUUUAAAUAUAAAAGCUUGUUUUGUCGAUAUUAAUGAUAAAAUUGAACGUCAGAAAAACCAGAAAAAAUGUCUUCUCAAUGAAUUUGAACCGUGCAAUCGAAAACUGCGUAAUGCAAUCGCAUCAUUAAGACGAACCAUAUUGGCUUGUUAUAUAAGUUCAUUUGCCGAAUUGAAAUCAUCAAAAGAUAUCGAACAUUUGCAUCAAAUUAAAUUUCGUUGGCUAUCAUUAAUUAGUCAAUCAUUGACCACAUUGAUCAUAUUCAUACAGGACCAUCUUUUAGACGAUAAAAUUAAUAUUAAAUUUUUGGCCAACAUACAUCGUACCGGCUUUAUUUCGAUUUUAUAUGAAACAUUGUUGAGUUGUUUUUCCGAAGAAACUGGUAUGCUUGAAGAUAUGAUCUUUGCUUUGGAUACAAUCUCUAACAUCACUACUAUUACCUUUCGUUUUGAUGGCCAAACGACAUCGGAUUCUGCAUUGAUGAUUCCGGAAAUUGAUUUUAAUAAUAACAAAAUACACCUUUUAUUUCAUAUUCAUCCUCUUAAAAUUGCUGGAAAAUUAGUAAUCAAUAAUGAUCGAAUAGAAUGUCAAAUGUUAUUGCUUAUUUUCAAUGUUGGCGUGAAUCAACAGGCAUCAUUACCCAACAACAUCUUCAAAAAGAGCUUACAAGAAGAAGUGAAUGAAGUUAGUUUUUCGAAACUCGGACUUUUUAUCAACCAAUUCUAUUCGAAUGAUGAUCAUGUUAAAAAAUUGUUAAAAAAUUUGGAAACCGAAUUGAAAAGUUUCAAAUCAAAGAAUAUCAAAAUUUUAGAAUUGGCCAAUGAAAUUAUUCGUCAUUUGGAUGGAAUCAAGGUAACCUGUUGUAAAAGUGCUAAAGAUCGCACUGGAAUGUCGGUAACAUUGGAAGAGGUACGAUAUACAUUUAAAUUUUUGAAUUUACAAAAAGAUAUGCAUUCACAUUUAUUUCAAACAAUGUUGGAUACACUUCGAAGAGAUGGAACAAGAAUUGAAAAUGUUCAGAAAAAUAUUGGUGCCAAAAAAUAUGCAUUUAAUUAUCUAUGUUUGUUAACAUUUCCAAUGGAAUUUCGGCCACCAUCUGGAACUUAUUCGAAUGUGGAAUCAUAAUCGAGAUAAUUAUUGUAAUGACAAUUUUUUAAUUGCAACAAACAUUGACAUUUAUAUAUUAUUUUAAUUAUUAUAAUCUAAUUAAAAUUAAU